AUGAAUGAAAGACCUCCUAUAGUCAACUCCAUUAUCACAAUGGUAUGGAAACUUAACGAGAGCAGUGACGAAUAUAAGACUCGUAGAAGAAGGCAAAUGCAGCUCUUCUUUGGAGCUGCUGCUGUUACGAUUUUAUCAAGCAGGUUUGCCUACAGAGCAACAUUGGCAAGACAAUUUAUUCCUACAAUGUUCCAAGGAAAUCACCAUCCUCCUACUUCAUACAAUUUUACGGCAGAUGCAGCAGUUGCCGUUGGAACUGGUACACUUCUCUGUUUACUGGUAAGUGCCAUGAUGUUUAGUGGUAUUGGAUGGUGUAUUGAUGUGAGUGAAUUCCGAGAGUUUGGUUGGAGAAUGAAACGAUGGAUGGGAGGAGAAGAAAAUCAGCGUCAGUUAAGUGCUGUACCUUUAGAUGAAGAGUCCAAAGUAAUUCAAGACGGGUUGAACGAUUUGCUUGAAGGAAAGUUUGAUGAUAUUGAGUUUGAAGAGCAUGAGAAUAAGCAGUGA